AUGAGCGGUUUGCUCGUCAGCUAUGAAGAGAGCACUAAACCUGCCGUGGCAAAGACAUUUCAAACAACUAUUCUUAUGAACAGUAAGCAAAGGUCACUUGAUGUCAUCAUGCCAAAAUCUGUCCGUGGCAGAUUGCUCACGGGAAUCCAUAAAAGGAAUAGAGAGGAAGAAAUAGUAGGAUUAUUACUAGUUACCAGGGAAGUCAAGAGAACAGACGAUGAGGAAAUCAGGUUCCUUUGCGUCCUGACUGCAUCAUCAUACGCGAACCGUGUCAAAGGGAUAGGAAGUCAAGCCAGCGACAACAGUGACAGACUGUGUAAUCAUAUAGACUGCGUGGUUCGUAUCCCCAAGGAACAGGGAGUCCUGUCCUUCUGGCGUGGUAACCUGGCCAAUGUCAUCAGAUACUUCCCCACCCAGGUUCUCAACUUUGCCUUCAAAGAUAAACACAAGCAGAUCUUUUUGGGUGGUGUGGACAAGAGGACCCAGUUUUGGCGCUACUUUGCAGGGAACCUGGCAUCAGGUGGUGCCACUGGGGUCACAUCCUUGUGCUUUGUGUACCCCCUUGAUUUUGCCCGUACCCGUCUAGCAGCUGAUGUGGGCAAAGCUGGAGCUGAAAGGGAAUUCAAAGGCCUUGGUGACCGCCUGGUUAAGAUCUACAAAUCUAAUGGGAUUAGGGGCCUGUACCAAGGCUUUAAUGUGUCAGUCCAGGGCAUUAUCAUCUACCGAGCUGCCUACUUCGGCAUCUAUGACACUGCAAAGGGAAUGCUUCCAGAUCCCAGGAUCCUAUUUUUAUUCACACUGGCCUGCCUGGGAGUAUCCUGA